AUGAUAACAGAUGAUUCAAAAGUACCUAUUGUUAAAGUGAUUGCUUUCUUCUUUUAUGUCACCUGUAUGUUGACGAAUUUUUUUACAUACUGCUACGCAGCUGAAAAACUUAUAGAAGAGAGCACCAAUAUGGCGUACGGUGUGUAUGAAUGCAAGUGGUAUGAUUUACCAUCAAAAAAUGCAAAAGACUUAAUGUUUAUUGUAUAUCGAUCUACGAUUCCCGUUAGAAUGACAGCUGGAGAAUUUGGGACCUUUUCGUUAGAGAUGUUCGGAACA